UUAAAUUAUUCGCAUUUCCCGAGCAUAAAUAUGGCGCUGGCAAAUGAUAUACCUCAAAUUCCUAUAACUGUUAAAGGUUCUACCUCCCGUAUUACCAAAUCUCUACUUUCAUCUUCAAUAUCAAGAUUAAACGGCCAGGCUGAUUUUGCAAACGUUAGUUCUAAGCUGGACGAAGAAUGUAACACUUCCCUUAUAGGGUCGGCUAACAGUUUGGGUUCACAAAAGAUUUCUGAUGAUAAUAUAAAAGUGAUAAUCAAAGAAAAAAGUUCGUUAAACAAUCUAAACCAUUUUUCCUGUAAUUCACCUGUCAUAACAAGCGGUGCCAUCAACAAUAUUAGAAUCAAUAGUAAUAAUAAUAGCGUAAAUGAAAUUAAAAUCCCAAAUCACCCAAAAAUGAAUAAGAGUAGGCGAUUAUGGAUGACCAUUCUAAAAGAAGCUAGAAGGGUGAAUGUGAAAAAAGGAAUAGACCUGCUAUAUAUGGAUAAUGAAAAUAUCAAUCAGCAUAUAAGUAAAUAUAAAAUCAUAAAUAAACAUUUAAAGCGGCCCAAUGCAAACGAUUUUACAAACAGUUUCUUAGAUAAUCAACGCAAAAUAUCAAACGGUAAGCUAGAAUGCAAAAACAAUUUUCUCGAUUCCGAAGAAGAAGAUAACGACAAUGGUAUCUACAUAACUGAUCUCGCACCUUCGUUUGAAAUCGUAAAAUACACCAAUAAAAAUAAAAAUUCAAAGCCUAAUGUCAUGUCAACAAUCACUACCAAUGGAUUUAUGCCUAUUAAAAGUCAUCGAAAAUACAACAGCAAAAAUCUUAACUAUUCUAAAGAUGGCCCGAUAACAUGCGAAAAAAGCAAUAUCAGGGAUGGGCAAAAUUCUAAUUGCAACUUCAAUGAAAAUGAAUUCAAAAGUAACUCCUUAACCUCUAUGCCUGACAGCAAAGAUUUUGAUAAACAUUCCCUAUAUAGGGUUGAGGCGGGCUCAGCAGUUUCGUCCAAUUUGAGCAGUUAUUACCAUGAUAAAAAUGUUGCAAAUAUGAAGAGAUAUAUAAAAUCUAUAUUUCAACCGGCAGAUAAUAAAUUGGCCAUUAAGUUGUUCGGCUCCAAGAAGGCUGUUAUGCAAGAAAGGAUACGCCAAACACAAAGUGGACACAGUUGGGUCAUUCAUCCUUGUAGUCAUUUCAGAUUUUAUUGGGACGUGUUCAUGCUUUUACUCCUUGCUGCGAAUCUCAUAAUUCUUCCAGUCACCAUAACAUUCUUCAAUAAUGACCUCAGUAUUUAUUGGCUAGUAUUCAAUUGCUUCUCUGACACCAUGUUCCUACUCGAUAUUGUCGUUAACUUCCGAACUGGAAUUAUGCCGGCGGACAAAACAGAACACAUUAUACUAGAUCCGAAGAUAAUAGCCAAGCAUUACAUAAAAUCUUGGUUCAUUUUGGAUUUUGUGAGUUCUUUUCCUUUCGACUAUUUUUUACUCAUCUUCAGCCCCGGCCUGGUACAAAGGGAUGGACAAAAAUUUCAAAUGAUUCAAGCGGGUAGAGCUCUAAGAAUUUUGAGGCUAGCUAAAUUGUUAAGUCUAUUGCGACUUUUAAGGGUAUCGAGAUUAGUUCGUUACGUUAAUCAAUGGGAGGAAGUUUACUUCCUAAAUUUAGCCACCGUGUUUAUCCGCAUAUUUAAUCUCGUUAGUAUAAUGCUUUUAGUCGGACAUUGGAGCGGGUGUCUACAAUUCUUGGUUCCACAAAUGCAAAAUUUUCCUCAUGAUUGUUGGAUUGUUAUCGCCAACAUAGAAAACUCAGACUGGUUCGAACAAUACUCAUGGUCAUUCUUCAAAGCUAUGUCUCACAUGCUCUCUAUAGGUUAUGGCCGUUUUCCGCCUCAGAAUUUGACGGAUAUGUGGUUAACCAUUUUCAGUAUGGUAUCUGGUGCUACUUGUUACGCCUUAUUUAUAGGGCACGCUACCAAUCUCAUCCAAUCCUUAGAAUCCGCCAAUAGACAAUAUAGAGAAUUGAUGAAACAAGUUGACGAGUAUAUGGCUUACAGAAAGUUACCCAGAACCCUUAGAAUGAAGAUUCAGGAUUAUUUUGAGCAUAAAUAUCAUGGAAAAAUGUUUAAUGAAAAUAUAAUUUUACGAGAACUAUCGGACACUUUGAGACAAGCCGUUAUUAACUAUAAUUGUCGGGAUUUGGUAGCAUCUGUGCCGUUUUUCGCGAAUGCCGACAAUAAUUUCGUGAACGCCAUCGUUUGUAAUUUGGACUACGAAGUUUUUCAACCGGGAGAUGUUAUCAUAAAUGAAGGUGCAAUAGGCGAUAAAAUGUAUUUCAUACAAGAAGGAGUGGUAGAUGUUAUAUCUGGCAACGAAGUCAAGACAUCCCUCUCCGAAGGAUCAUAUUUUGGAGAAAUAUGCCUAAUGACUUCUGAUCAAAAGAGGCAGGCCACUAUACAAGCCGCAACGUAUUGCCACCUCUUCUCGCUUUCGCGAAAACAUUUCGACCAGGUACUAGAGUUUUACCCCAUGAUGAGGAAAACUAUGGAAAGCAUCGCGGCCGAACGACUCACCAAAAUAGGUAGAGACCCUAGUAUAGUCAGCCCUAAAGAAGAUCUUUCCAGUUACAUGGAAACUGUUCAAGAAGUUUUGAAAGCCAAAGAAAAAGAAGUUUUGAUGCUGCAAAGAAAGCAGCAAGAAAGUAAAUCUUGCAAAUCUAUGUUCGCUCACACCUUGACAGACCCUUUCAUAUACACAGCUAUAGGGGGUAACCAUACCAUGGAUGAUGAAAUAUACGAUGUAACUAAUAGUAUGAAUGACAACAGGAUGGUUCAACCUAUAAGCAGAAGCCAUAGUUAUUCAAAUUAUUCCAACUAUAUAAGUUCUCAUUUCAAAAAGCGACGAAGUAAAGAUGAAAACUCCGAUAUUUUGACACCCAUAUCCACAACACACGAGAAAGAUAAAACUUUGACCCUCGAAGACAACAUACAACAUAACAAUUUUCCUGGAUAUACUGAUGAUAAUACAGAUCAUGUAAUCAAUGACACAUCUAAAAAAUGCUCUCCAAGCUCUAUACCAUGGUCGUCUGGAUUGAAUAAUCUAUUAAAUGUGGCCCAAGCCUUAUCGAGUAAACGAAAAUCAAUUUCUAGCAUACAACCUCAACAAUCAACAAUUAAGGAAAUCCCAGAUAGCGAUGAAAAACUUUCUAGUCAUUACGGAAUUAUGGAUCAAGGCAAAGAUUCUCUAGAAAAAUUAUCUAUGAAUAAUUUAAAAUCGGAUUGUGGUAUUGAAAUAACUUUUACACCUCCUAGUCAAGAAGAUCUUGAAAAAAUUAACAAAACCAAUAUUUUAAAUAAUAGUUUCGUAACAAAUUUGUAA